ACAUGUAUUAACUAAACUUAUCAAAGAGAAAGGUAAUUCAGUAAGUUUCUUUAAAACGGUUAUUUUAUCACUUUUUAUCACUGCAUCUCAUUGAAAGGGAUCCACAUAGAAACUGUUGCAUCUGCAAUCAAACAGAAUGUGUUUUUACCAAAUAAUGUUAGUGACAGAAACUUACUGCGGACUUUGAUGGAACAAAUGGGGUAAAACACAUGGAUCUUUAAAAACCUUCACAUGCCUGGAAGAAGCUGGAUGGGUAAGAAGAAUGUAAUGACUCCAACAGCCCAGUAGGUGGUGAUACAGCUCCGUUAGGAUUCUCUAAAGAAACAGAAGAAGAAGAUUGUUCAUUGUGCAGAGCAGAGGUUUGAAAAUGCGUUUGAACCGGUUUGAACCUAUGGUUUAAACAUAGUCAGUUAUUCAGGCGAGUUAUUUAUGAUCUCGUAACUGAUUUCUCAGCGAACUUUGACCAUGCAAACAAACAAUUUAAGUCUUAAAGGUUCAGGUCGAGAUUGAGUCUUUCUGGGUGAAGUUUAACCUUUGGGCAGGUUUGUAGUUUUUCUUCAGAGCUCAGUUGGACCGUUCGUGGACAAGACCCAGUUUCUCCAAGUUCCCUGACUGACUCCCUUCUGGCCAUGCAGCUGGUGAUCCGCCGGUACCGUCCCUCAGACAGGGACACAGUGCUCGCUCUGUACAGCACCUGUAUGUGGGAGCACAUCCACCCGUGUUUUCAAAACAGCAUGACCAGGCCUCACUUCCUCGCCAUCACCCUGGCUCUCUGCGGUGCUGGCUACCACCUCGGUUCUGUGUUCGGGGCUGUGUUGUUACCAGGACUCUGGAUGGGCCUCGUCUACUAUUGCUGUAAUGAGAUAUAUGCCGGCUAUGUCAGUAUGAGGCUCAAGACAGACAUGCAGGACAUCCCUGGGAACUUCCUGAGCAGACCGGAUGACUGUUUCUGGGUGGCUGAGGCUGAGAUUGAUGGCAGGGUGCAGAUUAUGGGUACGGUGGCUGUGCUAGCUAAACAAAGUGAGAAAGAAAAGUACGGGGAACUGCAAAGAAUGAUCAUCUCACCAGUGUGCAGACGGGUUGGCCUGGGCUCCAGGAUGGCUCAGACUGUGGUUGACUUCUGUAAGGAACAAGGCUUCUCCAAAGUGGCUCUGGAGACCAGCUCCACCCAGACACCCGCUGUGGCCCUGUACAAGAAACUGGGGUUCUGCCAUGUCCCGUCGCACAUCAAACCUGAGGCUCCCUCAUGGGUUGUAAUGCUGGCUAAUGUCUCAGUUUUAAAAAUGGAAAAGCAACUGUAGAGCUAUGAGUAACAAAGUCUUUUGAGAAUUUUUGUACCACUGGAUGAACACAUGUUAAUUGGUUUCGAACAUGACACUUGUUUAAGUUUACUGAAUCUAGAUGAACCAAUUGUUGAUUAUGUGCUUUGUGUUUUUUUAAUCGAAUACUGUGAUUUUAUAUCUUAAAUGAAGCUGUGAACUCCCCCCCCCCCUCCAAAGAAAGCCAGAAUAAACCCACUCCCAAAGGAUUUACCAGAUUGUGUUUAUGAACCCCUCCAUCCUACACUGACAUGCCCUGAUUGCAGCAUUUUAAAGCCCCCGUGCAGCCACACCAGUCCA